CAACUGUACAAGGUCGCAGUCUCGACUGUCACGGUAUUGUGCUACCAUAUCAGGGUGGCCGACCGCUGCGCAUAACUGCCGCAUUCUAUCGAUUGUUGCGAUAUGCGGCUAUGCGCAAGAUCGUGCUCGUAAUGCCGCCAGAUAGAAGGAGAGGAUAUUUGCGGCACUCAAUUCCCGCUCCCACUCCUUACUCCAGCUAACAAUCCAUUAUCGGCACGAACAAGCUGAGGACAAGACCAUGGCUACACUUGAUCAUGUGUGCUUAUGUAUUUCCAUUCUGACUGCAGGAUGUCUCACCCACCUAUUUCCAAUAUCCGCAGCACAUGAUCGGCCGAUCCACCUGAUCGUUCUUGCCCUCCUAGCUUCCUCGUUCGCCUUACCCAGCGCAAGUAAAGCACUACCGAGACUUUUCCAACGACCAGGAUCAGAGAAAGGUCAAUAUGAGGCUUUACCUCUGGAAGAGUUAGGUAAUGCGAUUGAAAGGCUAGAGCCUGCAAAAACAAACACCCGACAUGAUGGCAAAGUCCGAAUAUCUGUCCUGGCUGCAGCCAUAUCUGCGUUGUCGGUGCGCAUCGAGCUAUAUCGUCGGAUAUCGAAUGCAACAGAAUGCACGAUCCCCAGUGUUGAGGUAUUCUUGCCCUUCUUGCUAGCACUCUACGACGCUAUUAGGUCGCAACGAUCACUGGCACUAGCACACGAGGAGCGGCCAGACAGCAAUAUAUAUGAUGGGAUCCGUUCGGCGAUUGGAACGUUCAUCCUCAGGCCACGCACCAGAUACUUACUCCCAAUGUUCUUGGUGUCUUAUGGAGCGUAUCUAGCUCAAGGCCUCUGGGACUCCUCGAAUUCGACCUAUAUCUGCCCCAUUGUCACUGGCGAGCCGAGAACUAUACCAGCAAUGCAGAUUGGCUCACUGUUUCUGGACCUGUGCCUUGCCAUGGUUGUCUACGAGACGUCUCCAAAGGGCGACGGUAGAGGCCUCUCAGGCCGAAGAUGUGUUGUACUUUGGAGCUCAACCAUGAUUGCCACCUCAGUGAUCUGGUCAGGAGUGGCUAUGAUCGUGUACUUUUUUAAACCUGAGUAUAGGAAUUGGCUGCUCUUCCUUCAGCCGUCCCUGGAUAUCGGCACCCUCUUCGCUAUCAUUGGCCAUGUUUUCCUUUUCUGUGUUUUGUGCAUAUCGACAUUACAUUGUAUCAUGACUUACGGCGCCUUAGACGUGUCGACUUAUUUCACGGUCUUAAUGACUAUGGUACCUGGCUUGGAGUUCAUCUGGUCCCAUAAAAAUCCCUUUCCUCCUACCCCCUUAUCUACGACGACGUUCUCCUUCUUGUUCCUGUUCUUCGGCUGGUGGGCGUACAGGCGCAUUCAACAAUCCUUGGGUGAAAGGAAUCCAUUGUCCGUCUUUCGGCAAACACUACUCUUCAUUUCACUCUGCAUCCUCAUCUUCCCAGCCUGGCGAAAGAGCGACUAUGUCCAUUACCAUCCAAUUGACAUGCUCAUGUACGACGCCAAGGUUCAUCACGAUAGCUACCUGAAGACGGUAGGAAGCACUGCCUCGCUUACCGACACUGUCGAGCGGUACAAGCAAAGAUAUAACCGCAAUCCUCCUCCUGGAUUUGAUGUCUGGUUCGAGUUCGCAAAGAACAAGUCGGUGUUGAUCGUGGACGAGUUUGACCAGAUCCACGAAGACCUGCUCCCUUUUCGCGCAAUACCACCAGCCUCACUUCGGCAACAAACCUGGGAAAUGGUCUCCAACCCCUGGAACGAGAUCUCCGGGAUCACAAUCCGCAACGGCAAUGCCGCAGUUCAGGAGAAUGUCAUCCCAACCCAUCGCUGGAUGCUCGAAGGCGUCGCAGUUCUGAUCAACAGUUUUGCCCGCUACCUACCAGACAUGGAUCUAGCAUUCAACCUUAACGACGAGUCACGCGUAGCCGUGCCCUACGCGGAUCUCAAAUCACUCCGCGAUAAAGGACGCUUGGGAGACAAAAGUGGCAGCUCCGGCUUCUCCCCUGAUCGCGCAUCAGGCUGGCUCCCCAUCCCCGAGAAUGAGGUAACCACCACCGUCUUCCGCGACAUGUCCUUCCGUAAUACAUUCCGUGCAUUCGGCUCCAUCGGCUGCCCGCCGUCUUCCCUCGUCCAGAAGUAUCCCCACAUCUCAUCCCAAUCCAACAUCUGCGGUGCCUGCGUCGCGCCUCACUCUCUUGGUCAAUUCAUAUCAAACUGGACCGAGGCCGCGGAUAUAUGCCACCAGCCUGACAUGGCGUAUUUGCAUGGCUUCUACCUCUCGCCUGCGGCGUUCAAGACCAGUUACAACCUCAGGCCCGUCUUCUCGCAGUCAAAACCGCACAGGUACAAUGACAUCUUAUACCCGAGUGCGUGGAAUUACAUGGACAAAGUGCGCUAUGAUCCAUCCGAGCCAAAGGGUAGGCCGGGCCAGGAUGAAUACGAUCCCGGACAUCCCGACCCGCCGUUUGCAGAGAAGGAAAACACCUUGUUCUGGCGCGGCGCGACUUCGGAGGGCGUGAGUUCGGGGGACCAUGCCUGGCGCGGAAUGACGCGCCAACGACUCGUGCAUAUGGCGAACAAUGUCACCACUUCUUCUCAUGACAAAUUUGCGAUUCUGCUGCCCAACCCAGCGAACCACGAGAAGUACAAGUAUCAGAUCCUGCCUGGCCCGGCGGCCAAGGAACUAGGACUGAACACGGACAUUGCGAUCGUCGACCGGAUCGCCCGCUGCGGUGGGAUCGGAUUGCAUGAUUGUACAGAUCAGGAGGCUGAGUUCGGACUCGUGGGACCGUCUGAUUUCCAGGCGCACUGGCGGUAUAAGUUUCUGUUUGACCUCGACGGGGCUGGCUUUUCAGGUCGAUUCCUCCCGUUUUUGCAGAGUCGCAGUCUGCCGUUCAAGACGGCGCUGUUCCGCGAGUGGUAUGACAGUCGGUUGACGGCGUGGUUGCAUUUCGUGCCUCAGGACAUCAGAUUGCAUGGCGUGUGGAGCAGUCUGGCGUACUUUGCAGGCGUGAAUGGGACCAUGCGUGGAACAAGGAUCAGGUGGAAGCCACAUGAAAAGGAGGCGGAAUUGCUCGCGGAAACGGGACGGGAGUGGGCUGGCAAGGUGCUCAGAAAGGAGGACAUGGAGGUCUAUUUCUUUCGCUUGUUGCUCGAGUGGGGGCGCUUGACGGACGAUAAGAGGGAUGAGCUUGGGUUUGUGUUGGAGGGGUGAGUGCGACAGGGCAAUAUAGGCAUUUUGGUGAGAGAGAGAGGAGAGAGGAGAGAGGAGAUGAGAUGAGAUGGCGAAAGGGCGCCACACUUUGUAUAUACGACGCUCGCCGUGCUCUUGAGCUCUGCUUGCGUGCGAAUUUACACAGCUACCCAAGCUGGGUCUUGCCGAUUUGGAGCAAAAAGCGGCAGAAAGGGGCGUGUUCAGUAUCAGGGAACCAGGGAAGACUGGAGAUACAUUCAAGAGUUUACUUGCAUUUGUGUCAUUUUCUUGUGGACACUCGCCAUCAUAAUCAUAGUCAUUU